AUGAUCCCAGAGGUCCCAAUGGGGAAGAAUACUGGUCACAUCGAAUCAGCGCGACACCAGAAGGUGGAGUCGAAACUCCUUACUUGGUUCAGGAAAUCGAUGAAUAUCCCUUCAUCCAAGUCUACACGAGAAAUGCAGAGCGUUGGCAACCAUGUGUAUACAUGUCAAACUAAUAAGAGACAAAACAUCGGCCUAGUGAUUUGGGUCAAGGUAUGGCGUAAUAAUAGAGCUUCGGCCAGCCGACUUUGCAUCGCACUCCGCACAUCUCCUAAUCCCUCACAAAUUGACGCACCCGGUGACGAUGUGGAUAAACACCUACAGUUUAGCACUGUCAGGAUAAUGCAUAUGCAAGCUUAUAAACUCAGGUAG